AUGUCGGCUACGCUCGUGUUCAAAGGGCGAGAGCUCGCCAUGACACGGGACGAGCUUGUCGCUUCUUCGGCUGCAACCAAAGUGAACGGCGCCGAAAAUGAGGACGAAGACGACCUGAUCCCGAAAAUCGAGUCUGAUUUGAUCGAGUCUGCCGGGGCCCCCGAGAAGUCGUCCAGCAGAAAGCGCCAGCCAAGUCAACCCGCCACCAGCAAAGCUAGCAAGAGACGCAAGCUGUUUGAAGGCCAAGAGCCUCUGGCUGGGUCUGCUCAGAGUGUCUUAGCCUCGAUCGAGAACAGAGCCGCGCCUGCCGCGAAGAAAGGACUUUCUCUGGAAGCUUCCGACUCUGAUGAGGAAAAAGGUCCCGACGAUCACGGUCCUAGUGAUACUGAGAGAGACGAUGCUUCUCCUCCGCCGGUACAAACUCCUAAGAAGCGCGGUCGUCCCAGAAAGACUCCCAACGCUGUCUCGGCCAAGUUCAAGAAGUCGGUUGGUAAACCGAUUGCCGCUGGACCAGUCGCCAAAGGCGUCGCUCGUCCCAAGAAGGUUGCCAAGAAGAGCCCUGCCAAACGCACCUCGAGUUCUCCUACUUACUCAGAGGAGUUUUACGUCGUUGAGAAGAUCGUUGGCGCACGCGUUGACCCCAAGACCAAGGUGCCGAUGUACAUGGUGAAGUGGAAGGGAUAUGGCUCGAACGAGAAUACGUGGGAGCCAAAGGGAAACCUAAGCAAGUGCGCUGCUCUCAUCAAGAGCUUUAUUGCUUCUCAGAAUGGGAAGAAGGGAAAGAAGUGA